CGGCGUCGGUCAGGGCUACGGAGAGUGAAACCUCGGCGGCGCUUGCGUCGGAAACCGAAAGUGAAAAGCGAAAAGGAGAGAGCCCCACUCCUUCCCCUACCUUUCGCUUUCGGGUGUCCCCGCCGAGCACUUUCCCCGGCUUGUGCAUCGCCGUUGCAGUAGGCUUCCGAAAGAGCCGCUUGCAAGACGUCCAUCGACUCGUAGACGUAGACGCACCUCGCGCGAUCCUCCUCCCCUCACGAUGGCCCCGCGCCGCCACCUCGGCCAAGUUCAAGGCCUCCUGGGCAUCGAUCCCGAGGACGCCGGCGUGACCCGGUGCUGCGUGCCCACCGGCGAGUGCCUGCGCGCCCAGCAGCAGCUCAGCCCCAACAACAACGACCCCAUGCUGAUCGCCCUCGACGACCUCCGCGACACCGUGCGCGUCACCUGCAACAACGAGCUCUGCUCCAGCGGCAGGUACAUGCACCGGGAGUGCUUCGACCAGUGGGAGCAGACGGUGCUGGCCUACCUCAAGACCUGCGGCCGGGCCCGCUCCUGGUCCGAGCGCCAGCGCCACCAGAACCUCUGGACCAAGAAGGGCUACGACCUCGCCUACAAGGCCUGCGGCUGCAAGUGCGGCCGCGGACACCUCAAAAAAGACUUAGACUGGAUGCCGCCGCCGCCCACCAGCAACAUCUUCGGACGCGUCGAAGACAUCUCCGAAGCCGUCGCCGGCAAAAAGAAAAAACGCAGAAACAGAAAUUCCAGGCCCACGCUGGCCAUCUCCGCCGCUCACGCCGUCACCAAUGAAAGCAGAGGCAGAGCCGGCAGUUUGUCCUCCAGCACGGGAUCGUCCUCGCCACCGGCUUCCGGCUCCGAACCUAGUAUAUCACCGGUACACGCGCACUCCAAAAAGAAGUCCAAAGUUGAAAAUUCUGACAAAAGCCGAGUCGGAGGCGGCGCCAAUGGGAUUUUCACCCGUCGCCUUGAUUUCAGCUCCUUCAACGCCCUGCCGAAGAACAAACUCAAUUCUUAUCAAAUUAAGACGGAAGACGAGGGCAACCACGGAAACGAUGACACUCGUUGCUUCAUCUUGUCAACUCUUGCAUCUCAGGGUCGCUCCAAAGUGCACUGUGUCCUCUGCGAAGAGACGAUGCCAGUUUUCGAUAGGUAUCCUCUAGUCGAUGGCACAUUUUUCCUAAGUCCGCGCCAGCAUGCCAAAGGCUGCAUCGAAGUGAAAGUAGAGGGACGCACCCAGUUCUUGACAGCAGUCUGCAUGGCCUGCCUUGAAGGCGUAAACGGACGCGCGAUUAUCUGCAGGUUCUGCAACCAGAGAUGGGACGGAUCCUCUCUCGUUCUGGGUACCAUGUACUCCUACGAUAUCUUCGCUGCCAUGCCGUGCUGCACCGAGCGCAUCAAGUGCAACGCGUGCUACAAGCCAGUGCUGCACCCCGCCCAGCGCCUGAACUUCUUCAGCGACUACAGCCACAUAGUGCCGUGUCCGCAUUGCCACACGUUCGACACGCACUUCGUCAAGCCUUUGGCGUACUGCUACGCCCGCCAGCCGCUGCGGUCGCUGCAGAUGUGGCCAUAGCCCGCGGCCCCCGCCUCGCUCGCGAAGGCGCCGCCGACGCCGCCGUCGCCGCCCCCAGACCUCAUGGACCUGGAUCUGGGGCUGCUGUGGCGCGAGCUGGCCGGCUUGCGUCUCGACGAGUUCUGCCGUCUGCAACUCACCAGAGCGCGGUAGACGGACUUAGAUUUCUUUGUUAUGUUGUUGCAUUUUAUGUCGCAUUUAUUUUUGGGGGGCGCUUUCCUUCUGGAAACGGCCCUCAGACAUAUUCGCGUGUAAAACCGUUAUGUUAUUAGUUUAUUAUUAAUUAUAUGUUUGUUAGGUUUUAGUGAAUUUAUAUUCAACUUAAGUCUUUUUAUCAAAGGAAUGACAUUGUGAUCAUAGUUAUCUUAAUUUCUAGCUCGAAUUCAGUUGACGCUAAAGCAGGUCUUGUUGAACUGACAGUGAGUGAAGUUUGAAAGCAAUCCCGUUUGAGUUUUUUUUUGUCUAAUUGAUUUGAGUUUUGUUUUUUUUUUAUUAUUUUUUAUUUGAAGUUUAGGUUAAAGUUAUGUAGAGGCAACUGUGUUGGUUACGUUUACACGGAUCGUAACGAUCGCUUUAUUACUUAAUAACUGUAAUACAUAAUACUAUAGUAAUAAAACUGAUAUAAUUGCUGUGUCCCAAUAAUUAGUGAUAGGUGUGAAAGGUGCGGGACCAUGGAAUGGGUCUCGCGUGCGUGUCCCGUUAUCGUCGUUGUUGUUGUGAUGGGUUCAGGGACAGUCGGUCUCCCUGCGAGUAGCACACUGCCACUUCAUCCCGCUGCUGCACCCGUAGCCUUCCAGAAACGGACGUACAAAGAACUCAGCCGCUCAGAUUAUCCGCGAAUACCUCUUUAGACUUGAUGGUGAUUAUGAUGAAGAUGGCGGACCUAGGAAAUUGCUUCAAGUACAAACCGUUCGUUACUUUUGCAAAUUUUAUAUAAAUGAUAACAAUAUAAUCGAUUGUUGAGGGUAAAAUAAUUCCUAUCUCCGUUUAGCCAAAGCUUAAGUCCAGCAGGUGGUGAAUUUUUCUCCUACCAAUUCUCACACUCAUCCAAUUAUUCCUACUCUGGCUAAAACUUUCCAGUGGACAACCUCUUUACAAAUAUACAAUUUUCGCCACUAACUGAUCAAGCCUGUCCAUGUUAGCUGACUGGGAGAGCCAGUACCAGAAAAAUGCACUACCUCCUGGACUUUUAUGUUGUUUUUUGAAAGUACUACACAUCGACCGACUAGAUAUGUUGCGCGAGUGCGAGCGAGCUUCUGUAACGUAUUGCGAGCGUAGCAGUAGUCCCUUAGCGUAGUGGUAACUGCAUGCCCCCACUCUAAACCACCCCUAAACCGCUUCUUGUUAUCGAGGCCUAACUCACGGUCUAACUUUUCUACGUGUAAUAAGAAUCCUUGAAUGUUGUCGUUUUUUGGACAAAAACUGUACAUAAACGUGUUCGAAUUCGGAAUCCAUUAAGUUUUUCAAAUUGGUAUUAUAUGUCGAUUAAUCGUAAGUCUAGCUCGUAGUCGUUUUUUACAAUAAAAUACGAAUUAAUAAGUAGGUGUAGUCGUUGAAGAGGCGCGGGCACCCCCAGCUGGUGCGAGGACCAAUCGGUGGCUGCCAGAGCUCGACCAUUCGUCCUUUUUUCUCCUGAUCAAGACGAGACAUUAAUAAGUCGGCGGCGGUCCGGCGUCCUCUCUGUCCGCGCGCGGCUCGGCUUCAAAACCACCAUUUAGCGCCAUUUCGUGUCGUGUAACUCCGACAUAAUUUCUUCCGACUGCCGUGAAACUGGGAAGCCUCCCGUUGGGGAGGACUACGGUUUCACGGUGGACGGAGCAGAUUAUGCAGAUGUAUAACAGUCGCGCCGAGCCGUGCGUUUCACUCCGAUAAGGCUGUCCAUGCACAAUAUUAUUACACGAAGGCGCAAUCAGGGUAAGGGUCGUACCGUAGAGCACCACUAUAUAGUGUAUUUUUAGCGUAGCUUGGCUGCAAGUAGAUAAUGACAUGUAUCCGUGUGUGUUUCGCUUAGCUAGCUGUCUUUAAUCCAAGAACCAGCAACCAUGAGGGUAUCAUUCGGCGCUUUCCAACCACUCGUUGGUUGGAAAGCGCAAUCCGCUAGUCGCGGUCCAUUCUUUCAUUAAUUGGCGUACUAAUAAUUGUGAUUUUGUACACAGAAAUUUCAUAUUUUUGUGAUGAUAUAUUUUUAUACGAUCGGCUGUUUUCUAGACUUAAGUGGAACCGAUACAAGUUAUUUUUCGAGACGAGUUGGCAUUAAUGUUGUAACCGGUUCCGUGUGAUCACGAUCAAUGAUCGAUUCGAAGUGAUAAAAAUUUGUAUAUAAAAAACGAAAAUUCUUAAAAACACUAAUUUUUUAUACGUAAAUUUUUGCAUCUUGUAGCGAGGUAAGGUAGGUGUAGUUUCCAUCUCUCAUGGUUGCGUGGGCUCCCUUGCUUUUGCGUUCGGGGCCGCCCCAUUUAGGCUGCCACUCCAUCCCUGCAUUUUCUUUUCGCAAACAUUACACCUUUCUUUCGCCCACGCCGCACCACCGAUAGAGAAGCAAAUCGAAAAAAUGUGCAGGCAUUAUGUCCAGGAUCAAUGUAUUAAAAAAUAAAGCAGCAAAAACUGAUCAAAUACCUCGCCUAUAAAAAUCUAUCAAAAUUAGGAUUUCUGAAUUUCCUUGAGCUGGUGCAGUUACAAUUGAAACUUGGCGGGCAUAUUUCUCAAUGUAUCAUCUCUUGGCCAACAAAAGUUGAAAUCGCAGUGUCAAUACAUUCCGUAGAUACGAGUUUGAGAAGUCUGUUUUAAUUUUUUAGCCACCCUGUACAGCAGUUAGUGUAUGUCGCGGUUUGCUGCGCUGCUCUCUAUCUUGUGGUGUGGUCAGAAUGCGCAAAGUCCGUUUCGUUGUUGUGUGUAGUUGAUUUUUCACCGUACGAACUCCGGAGUGAAAUUUGGAACAUUCGGCCGAAAGAUUGACCAUUUUAGUUGAAUAAUCGCUCAUAAUCCUUAGGCAAUAUAUCCCAUUUAAACAAGUGUUUAUAGUACUUUUAGUUUAACGUUUUAUACAAAAUGAAUGUUAGUGCUAGUGAAUUUCGUUGUCCGGUUUUUUGUCAUAGUUGAAUAAAGCGUCAGAUCGUCGGAGUGUCGCUUUGGGGCGGUUUCUUUUCUCCUAUUAAAGUACAAAUUUGGUACACACAACAUAUUAACAAAUGGUAACCAUGUUUGGUGUCGUAGUUGUGUGAGGGCCGUCUUGCGAGGCGGCCGGUAUAGAGUAGCCGCUAGGAUGCUCCCUCGCUGUUUUCAAUUACACAUAUUAUUACUAUUGGGAAGUGUUGCGCGUUGAGAAGGUAGUUUAUGUAUGUUUAUAGCGUACUGUAGUAGGGGCCGGACGGGGUGGCAGAGGGCGAAGCGGGCGCUCUGCAUUGCCGCCCCUUGUGCUAGAUAGGGCCGGCACUACUUUAGCAGAGCGCGGCACCAGCCACUUGUUAUCGAAGAGUUUCGACUCGAGACAGUUACAAAUCAACCGGUGAUUACUGAAUGAGUACAAAUGCUGCCGCCCCGACCCGUGCCGGUUUAUUAUCAUUAUUAUUAUUAUUGAUGAUGUAUUCUUCAGAGUUUAGCAUGAGCAAUAUCAGCAGAGGUUUUAUUAAGUAAUUUUUUUACCGCCACGGCCGGAUUUCGACUCGUCGAGGUCCGGCCUCGGGCAUUUGGGAAAGGUUACGUUUUGCGGGCGGCGGGCGUGGCGUUCGCGGAGCGUUCCUGGAUAGAGAUAGCAACAUGUGCCAUACCUGAGGGGAUUUCAAUGCCAAAAAUUGAACGCUGCGCCAACGCCAACGCCCGACCCCGUCUCAGCAAAUUACACACAAUAAAAAUGAGUAUGUAUUUAUUCACACUACUAGAGUACCUAUGUCGCUGGAGAAGCAUGCAAUUUGUCAGGAUCUUUCAGUAUAUUGUAAAUUAUCUAUUUGUAACAUUAGGCUAACAAUAAAUUGGUGCUUGGAAGGACGUUGUGAGGUCUGCGAGUGGCUUAAGCUUUAGAAUGUACAAAAAUUAUUUAUUUGACCCAAACGAAGUUUAGUUGAAUUUCUAAAAUUCGAACCCUUUUAUUCGUGGGGCUCACGAUGAACGUCCGAGCAUAAGUCGAAAUGUUUUUUAUAUGCGUGAAAAAUUUGAUAUCAAUAUAAUAUAUGACAUAAAAAUGAUCGAGCUUUUGACGGCUUUUUAUAUGUAAUACAAUGGGAUUACAAAUUUUUAAAACGUAAUAAAUAUAACCAUUGUCUAAAA